AUGGAUAUAGAAAAUAGUCAAACAUUAAAUAAAUCAGCUGUAACUGAUGAAAAUUUAUUAAUUAAUACUCAAGGUUCAACAAUUACUUUUUAUUCUUUAAAUUAUACAUUACGUACACAACGAUGUUGUAAUAUAUAUUCAUUAGUAGGUCGUAAGGAGAAACAUGAACAAAUUCUUUAUGAUAUAAAUGGAAUAUUUAAACCAGGCAUGAAUGCCAUUCUUGGACCAACAGGCAGUGGAAAAUCUUCAUUAUUAGAUAUAUUAGCUGAUCGAAAAGAUCGACAUGGUCUUCAUGGACAAGUAUUAAUGGAUGGACAAACACAAACUGACGAUUUUAAAUAUCGUGUGGGUUAUGUUGUACAAGAUGAUAUUAUUAGUGGAACAUUAACAGUUCGAGAAAAUUUAAUGUUUUCAGCGAAUCUUCGAUUAUCGAAAAAAAUUUCACGAACAGCAAAAACAACUAUUGUUCAACAAGUUAUUGAACAAUUAGGUUUAGAAAAAUGUGCAGAGAAAUAUGUAGGCACUGAAUUUAUACGUGGAAUAUCUGGUGGAGAAAAAAAACGAACAAAUAUUGGUAUGGAAUUAGUUCUAUCACCAUCUGUAUUAUUUUUGGAUGAACCAACAACAGGUCUCGAUUCUUCAACAGCUCGUAAUGUUAUGGAAUAUCUUCAUCGAUUAUCCCGACGAGGACGUACUAUUAUUUUUUCAAUUCAUCAACCACGUUAUUCAAUAUUUAAAUUAUUUGAUACAUUAUUUUUGGUAGCUGCUGGUCAUUGCAUAUAUCAUGGUCCUGCGAAUAAGGUUCUUCCAUACUUUUCUUCUAUUGGUUAUGUUUGUGAAGAACAUGAUAAUCCAGCAGAUUUCCUUCUCGAUAUAACUCAAGGUGAUUCUCCAAUAGAAAAUCUUGAUGAAUCGAAUUCGGAUUCUGAUAAAAAACAUGUACAAAAUGCUCAUCGUUUACAUGAUUUAUAUAUAAAAUCCGAUAUCUAUGGAUCAAUUUUACAACAAAUCUCAAAUUCAAGUAAUCGAACAACAGCAGAAAACAAUCAAUUACAAGUAGAAAUCAUAUCGACAUCACGUUUAGCAGAAAUUUCCUAUGUUUCACAACGUACAUUACGGAAUGUAUUUAGAAAUCCAAGUUUAGUUAUUAUGCAAACAGUUGUAACAAUAUUUUUUGCUACAUUAGUUGGUUUAAUUUAUUUACGAAUUAAUCGUAUUGAAGAUACAGGAAUUAAAAAUCGUAUGGGUGCAAUAUUUUUUAUUGUAACAAAUCAAGUCAUGGCAAAUUUAUCAGCUAUUGAAUUAUUUCUUAAAGAACGAGCUUUAUUUAUUCAUGAAAAUGCAAGUGGAUAUUAUCAUGUUUCAACAUAUUUUAUUGCAAAAUUAUUAUGUGAUUUAAUACCAUUACGUAUAAUACCAUCUGCACUUUUUUCAACUAUUGUUUAUUUUAUGAUUGGUUUUCAACAAACAGUGGACAAAUUUUUUAUUUUCUAUUUUGCUAUUUUUAUAACAACAACAUGUGGAGCUGCUUUUUGCUUUUUAAUAUCAGCUAGUGUACAAGUAUUUGGUAUUGCAAAUUUAAUAUCAGCAAUGUGUUUCGUAUUAAUGAUGGUUUUUGGAGGAUUUCUAGUUGAAAUAUCAUCUGUAGUUAGCUUUCUAUCAUGGAUUAAGUGGAUAAGUAUAUUUCGAUAUUCAUUUAAUAUACUUAAUAUAAAUGAAUUUAGUGGUUUAACACUUUGCUUAAAAAAUAAUACAAAUAUUUGUCCAAUUAAUGGUACAGAUAUUAUACAUAAUGUCGCACAUAUUGAAUAUGAAACACAAUGGGAUUUAUGGAAAAAUUUUGUUGCAUUAGGUUCAAUGACAAUUAUAUUUCUUAUUUUGGCAUAUGUACAAUUAUUACGAAUGAAGAAAACGAAAUAA